AUGGUUUUAUUAUUCUUAGUUGAGGAAAAUGUUUGUUUAUCUUUUUUGAAUUUUGCACGGAUUCAAUUCCAACGUGGCCAGUGUAAGUAUUCGCGCCUUCAAUUGCGCGUGUGUCCCCACUCAUUCACGCAGUCAGGUCAUAUACUAAUGUCGGAAAGGUCAUGGAACUCAAUAAAACAAGAGGACUGUAAAAUUGAGGUUGGAACAGUUGAUGUGAUAAAGCCCAAAAGUCCAACUGAGGCGAAAGAAAAGAACCAAGUGGGAAAGUCUGUGGUAGUUCCAAGAAUUGAUGUGAUAAAGCCCAAAAGUCCAACUGAGGCGAAAGAAAAGAACCAAGUGGGAAAGUCUGUGGUAGUUCCAAGAAGAGUGUUUUGUCGACAGUGUGACAAAAACUUUGCAAAGAAAAGUCAUCUGGACGAACACAUUCGUGUUAAACAUGAAGGUAAAGCCUACGAAUGUGUAACUUGCCAUAAGAAAUUACAAACACAUAAAGGACUUAAAAUACAUCGAAAACUUCAUGAAGAUAUCGGAAUGAAAUGUGAAGAAUGUGGUGAACGAUUCAUCUAUAAGUCAGACUUGGAUAAACAUUACAGAGCAAUUCAUACAAAUUUAAAGUAUAACUGUGACUACUGUGAACAGACGUUUAGUUGGAAGGCGACAUUAUAUGAACACAAACGCUCUGCACAUAAAGGUGUAUAUUUCCAGUGUGACGAGUGUGAACUGUCGUUUGUCCGCAAUUGGAAUUUAGAAAAACACAAGAGAGAAGUGCAUGAUGGUGAAAAAUUCAAUUGUCCCCAGUGCGAUAAAAUGUAUUCGACCAAAAAUUUCCUUAACCAACAUGUACAGGUGCAUCAUAAAGGUGUAUACUUUUCGUGCAGCAACUGUGAUCAAAAGUAUGCCACGAAGUAUCGAUUAAAUAAACAUAUGAAACGUUGUAUUAUAAAAAAAACUGAUGUCUUCGAAGAAUUCAUCGAAGCGGAGAGCUGAUGAAUGAACAACAGCUGUUUUUUAUCCUUAUGCAGAUGAAGUGUUUUUUUUUACCUGUUAAAUGUGAUUAUUUUUUUUACUUUACUAUUAUUAUUAUUGCUAUUGCUGUGCCUCACCCUGCCUCCCGACAGUACCCACCACCACCGACACCCAUUCAAGAAGUAAUUCAAAGUCAGUUACAGGAUAAACUCUCAAUGUCACUGUCACUAACUGUGUGUACAUAUCCAGAUUUUCUAAACGUAUGUGAUGUUUAACUACAAACAUUCUGC